AUGAGUCGUUUAAGUAAGUGUCCGUCGGCAGCACUUCUUGAUGCAUCAGAAGGAGUUUUGGAAGAUCGACCAUUUGAAGCGAAUGCCACUAUAAAGUCACGAGCACGUUCACCGUAUUCAGGGCAAAGUUCUUCACCGUUCUCAUCAAAUAUCAGUGAAACUGAAUUAGAUGCUUCUUCUCUCUCACCACAUUCAUCAUGUUCAUCACUGAAUCAGUUGAAUACGUCAACGUCGAAUUCACAAUCGAAAUUAUUAACAACACAUCCGUCCUCAUCUGUCCAACAACAGCAACAGUCGCCUUUGUCGUUAUCGAAUCAUCCACGACCGAACAGUUCUGAUAAUAUAAAUAGCAGCUCGACUGAUAGUUUGAUUAAAAUGAGAGUGAAUCACAAUGCGAAGAAAGGUGAUAGUAGUGAUGAUGAGGCGGACAAUGAUAAUGAAGAUACUGUCGAAGAUGACAGCAACAGCAGUUCGAAUGAUGUUCUGAAUUCGAGGCAUUUCCUUCAAUCAUUUUUUGGUAAUAACAAUAGCAGUAUAAAUGAAAGAUUGCGGAACGGUAAUGAAGGCGUGCUGUGGAGACAUCAUAUAGAGCAUACGCUACCAAUAUCGCACGAAUUGUUGGGCCGUAAAUUCUCACUGAACAGUGCCAUACCAAACUCGCAGUGUUAUUCUCCAUCGACACAACAAAUCGUUCGCAAUAAUAUAACGUAUUCACCUAGUCCAAGUCCCACACCAAGUCCUACGCGUCGUAUUAUGAGGAGUUUAAGUCCAAUAGCUGUAAGACAGAUCACAAAACGACGAUAUACGAAUACGACAGCUGGAGGAGUGGAUAGUGAUGGAGAAUCCUCAACAUCAGGAAUAAAUGGCUCAGCCCCGAAACGGGCAUGUAUAUCAUCGCAACAAUGGUCAAAUGGAGGUUCAUCCUCUCCACUGGCCAACGAACGCUUGUCAUACUUGAGCGCUUUGCCCUCACCUGACGCUUCACUUUUAUCCUCGUCAACAUCGUUCCCAACAGCAGACAGUCGUAUGAAUGGCAUUGUAUCGAUGGCACAAACCUCCUUCUCGGCACCACAGCCUCCAUAUCGAAGCAUCGUCGAUAGUAAUGCUCAGCGGUUGACACCACUAGUAUCACCGAUGGAUUCAGAUGAAUCCAUUUCGAAUGUUGGUGACGAAGAGAUUACUUCACAAUCGCAUUCCCCACCAACACCGAAACAAACAGUUAAUAAGGGAUGUGAUGAUUCGUUCACAUACGAAUGUGUGUCGAAUAAGAAUGACGAAACUCUAUCAUCGUCAUCCUCGUCUGCGUCGGUGAACAAUAAUAUUCGUGAAAGUGAAUCGUUGUGA